UGGCAUAUAGUUGCAAUAUGUCUGGGUAUUUUACUCCUGCUGGCAACCACAGGAUUAGGAUACAUGUUUUUUAAGGGUUCUUCUGAGUGCAAAAUGCAAGGCAAGAAACACAGAUAUGAGAAUAAUGCUUCAUCACCAGCAGCUGAAGAUCACUCAGUUGUACCACCUAGUAGGGAGAAAAUCUGUGAUGGAUGUUUUGGAAAAUGGAGCUGCUGUGGGAAAAACUGCUACUAUUUUUCCAAAGAUGUGAAAACUUGGAAAGAGAGUAAGAAGUCAUGUGAAGGACGUGCUUCUACUCUCAUUAAGAUCGAUGAUGAAGAAGAGCAGGAUGGUUCUCUGUAGGUGGAGUGGUAUCCC